AACGAAAGCUGCAUUCGCAAAGCUGCGCGACUCGCUGGCUGGCAGGCGCCUGUCUGCUUGGCGCCUGCCAGCCCUUGGGUUUUGGCCAGGCCUUAGAAGCGCUCAACAACUUCGAGACCUUUCCAGUGAAGCUGGUCUUCCAAGUUCCUAAGGUGGCCUCUGUUCACUUGCCCAGUGCAGCAGAUGCACAGCAGCUGGUGGCCAAGCUUAAGGAGAAGGAGCUGGUGCUUUUGCAGCCGAUGUCGUUGGGAGGCGUGGCCCUGCGGCGCGGGGCCAAGCUUCUCCUGAAGCGAGGCUUAAAGAUGAAAGGAGAGGUGAAAGAUGAGGUGAGCGAAGCGAAGACACGGCUCACUCAGCUCUCUGACUUUCCUGUGCAACUGGUCUUCGAGUUGCCAGAGGAAGAGACCGCAGAGGAGAAGCCCAACAUGGGUCUGGUGAAGUUGAAGGACCUCCCGGCGAUCGAUGGCUUUGCAAGCCAUGGCAUGUUUGCCAGAGAGGGUCGGACUCCAGAGCCCAGCAACUUCUCCUGCGGGAGGCGACCGGCCAAAGCAGCGGCGCUACCCAGUGCUUUGGUGGGCAUUUGGUCCGAUGUGGGCCGCCUCAUUGCCAGCUUCAGCCUUGACUUGCAGGAGCUUCUAGGGCAGCUGGUGCCCGCGCAGAUGGUCUCCGAGAUCUUGGAGAAGAAGGCGCCCUUAAUGGGCCAUGACCUUCCACCAGGUGAGCUGCCCUUCGACAUCUCGAAGCAUCCAGCAUGCCGCCAUGCCGAGAAGUCACUCAGCCGCUGGUCCGAGGACAUGGCCUUCUUCCGGGAGCGUGCGGCCAACGCUGCCCAGUACUCCUUGAAGAUGAAGAUGGGUGGUCAAUGGCCUUCGAUGGAUGCCUUGUCACAUCUACAGCAAGAGAUCAACCAUCUGAAGGACACGGAUGAAGCGGCCGUGGCAGAAGCCUUGUCAGUGCUUCUGAAAGCUGCGGGCUUUGUGGACGAUUCCAAGGGCGAGGCGCAGCGGAACGUGUGCGACGCGACGUGGCGUCCCCGACCUCGACGCGAUGCGGAAAGCCUUCGUUUCACUUUGCUACGCUACUGCGGACAAGAGCCCGAGAUCGCAGAGGGGCGGGUUCGGUUCACCGCAGAGGAGAUCGAUGAGACGGAGGCCUUUGGCGGCUUGGACUCCUGUUCGGGAGUGCGCUGCAACGGCGAUGGGCUGAUUGGACUGAAGACCUAUGAUUGGAAGCACCUGGGAGAGAAGAUGCAGGCGAAACUUCCACUGCUGGUGGCCAUCAUCAUGGGUCUUCAACACUCCUUGGCCAUGCUGGGUGGAAUCAUUACGCAGUACAUGAUCUCUGCCGCUUUGAUCGCCUCGGGCCUCUUGUCCUUGGUGCAGAUCUUGCGUUGGAAGCUCAUCGGCGGCUACACCCUCGGCACGGGCCUGAUCUCAGCGCCCUGGCGGAGCGUGGAACAGCAGCGGUCCUGCAGAUGGGAUGAAGUAGAAGACGUCAUGGGCGUGUCCUUUACAUUCCUGCCUAUUGCGCGGGAAGUCGUGGUCUCCGAGAUUGCCGCGGGAAACUCUGGAAAAGAUGCGUAUGGGAAGUUCUUGGGAACCUGCUUGGUGGCCUCCCUGACGGAAAUCUUCAUCUCCUUCGUGCCUCCGAGGAUCUUGAAGAAGCUCUUCCCACCGGUGGUGAGCGGCACCUGCGUGACCCUGAUCGGUGCUGGGCUGAUUGGCUCCGGCAUCAAGUACUGGGGAGGAGGUGUCUUCUGCGCCGAGAACGACAUGUCCCGCUCUGCCGCCUUCGGUGGACCGCAAAUGUGUAGCGGGAACGGCGAUGUGGUCUUGCCCUAUGGAGCUCCUGAAUACAUUGGUUUGGGCUUCAGUGUCAUGAUCUUUCUGAUCUUCAUCCAAGCCGUCGGAUCUCCCUUCCUGAAGAAUUGCUCUGUAGCCUUGGCUCUCUUCUUUGGAUACUUCUGCGCAGGGGUUGCCUUCAAGACUGAUGCCACCUCUGGUGCCCUGGCCUUUGUGAACACCAACAAGAUCGACGCUGCGGGGACCUUCACUUUUCUUUGGACCACCACCUUCAACAUCGGCUUCUAUCCUCCUGCCUUCCUUCCACUGGUCUUGGGUUUCGUGAUCACUUCCGUGGAAACCGUGGGUGACAUCCAAGCCACCUGCGACGUCUCGGGCUUGCCCUUGGAGGGCCCGGAUGCUGAUUCUCGUAUUCAAGGAGGUUUGCUGGCCGAUGGUUUGAACAGCAUCUUAGCCGUGCUCAUGACUUCGCCUCCGAACACCACCUUCUCCCAGAACAACGGAGUCAUCGCCAUCACCCGCUGUGCCUCCCGUGCUGCGGGUAUCGCCUGCUGCAUUUGGCUCAUUCUCUUCGGAUGCUUCGAGAAGUUUGGCGCCUGCAUCGCGUCCAUCCCCGACUGCGUCUUGGGAGGCAUGACCACCUUCUUGUUCGCCAACGUCUUCGUCUCUGGCAUCAACAUCGUCGGUGCGGGUGGUAUGGGCCGCCGCACACGCCACGCGGCGUUGAGGGAUGGACUGGGGAUGGACGAGAACCGACCACAUGUCCGACCCAUGAAAAGUGGAGAACCUGCAAAAAGCAACUUUAAGAUCGAUUAA